CUCUUGAGAGUUACUGCGCAGCGGCGAACUUUUCUGUUAAGGUGAUACAGCCAAGAACCCGGUACGAGACAGCGAAGCAAAUAGGAAACGCUAGUACUAUUCAAGAUGGACAAUUCUGAAAUGGACUCUGGAAAAGAUUCGGUGGAGAAUGUUGUGGAAAGUGAAUCUGUCUUCAGUAUGCUAGACCUAUUUCUGUUCUCCCUCAUUGCUGGGCUUUUGAUUUACUGGCUUGUAUUUCGCAAGAAGAAAGAGGAAAUCCCAGAGUACAAGAAAAUCCAAACACAGACUCCUGCUGUAAGAGAGACAAGUUUUAUUGAAAAGAUGAAGAAAACGGGUAAAAACAUAGUUGUGUUUUAUGGUUCUCAAACUGGAACUGCUGAAGAAUUUGCAAAUCGCCUUUCCAAAGACUCACAUCGUUAUGGAAUGAGAGGAAUGGCUGCAGAUCCUGAGGAGUAUGAUCUGUCGGAGCUGUCUCGCCUUACUGAAAUUGAAAAUUCACUUGCUGUCUUUUGUAUGGCAACAUAUGGAGAAGGAGAUCCUACUGAUAAUGCUCAAGAUUUCUAUGACUGGCUACAGGAAACAGAUAUUGACCUGUCAGGUGUGAACUACGCAGUUUUUGGCCUAGGCAAUAAAACCUAUGAGCAUUAUAAUGCUAUGGGAAAAUUUGUUGACAAGAAAUUUGAAGAACUUGGUGCACACAGGAUAUUUGAUCUUGGUUUGGGAGAUGAUGAUAGCAACCUGGAAGAAGACUUUGUCUCAUGGAGGGAGCAGUUUUGGCCAGCAGUUUGUGAGCAUUUUGGAGUGGAAGCAACAGGAGACGAAUCAAGUAUCCGACAGUAUGAGCUGGUUGUCCACAACGACAUUGGCUUAAACAAAGUAUACACAGGAGAGAUGGGACGGUUAAAAAGCUUUGAGACCCAGAAACCACCUUUUGAUCCAAAGAAUCCAUUCCUUGCUUCUGUAUCUGUGAAUAGGAAACUAAACAAAGGAGGCGUUCGACACCUCAUGCACUUGGAACUUGAUAUUUCUGGCUCCAAAAUAAGAUAUGAAUCUGGGGACCAUGUUGCAGUUUAUCCAAUGAAUGAUGUAACAUUGGUAAAUCAAAUUGGAGAAAUACUUGGCGUAGAACUUGAUACUAUAAUCUCUCUUAACAACCUUGAUGAGGAAUCCAAUAAGAAGCAUCCUUUCCCAUGUCCAACAACAUAUAAAGUUGCUCUAACGCAUUACCUUGACAUUACCAAUCCUCCGCGUACGAAUGUUCUUUAUGAGCUGGCACAGUAUGCAACAGAUCCCAAAGAUCAGGAGAUGAUGCGCAAAAUGGCAUCUUCUUCCGCAGAAGGCAGGGCACUUUAUAAUUCCUGGGUAUUGGAGGACCGAAGAAAUAUUUUGGCAAUUUUGCAGGAUAUUCCAUCUCUCCGACCCCCUAUUGACCAUCUGUGUGAGCUGCUACCACGCCUACAGGCCCGCUACUACUCUAUUGCCUCCUCAUCAAAGGUUCAUCCUAACUCUAUUCACAUCUGUGCUGUUGUGGUGGAAUACGAGACCAAGACUGGUCGAAUAAAUAAGGGUGUUGCAACUAACUGGCUCAAGAACAAGGUUCCAACUGAUAAUGGUCUCAAGUCCAAUGUGCCAAUGUAUGUACGGAAGUCUCAGUUUCGGUUACCUUUCAAAUCUAGCACACCUGUCAUUAUGAUUGGUCCUGGGACUGGAAUUGCUCCAUUUGUUGGAUUUGUACAGGAAAGAGCUUGGCUCAAGCAGCAAGGUAAAGAGGUGGGUGAAACUGUUCUGUAUUAUGGAUGCCGUCAUAAAGGUGAAGAUUAUCUAUACCAGGAAGAACUGGAGCAGUUUGAGAAAGAGGGGGUGCUUACCCAACUUAAUGUGGCAUUUUCUAGAGACCAGCCAGAGAAAGUGUAUGUACAACAUUUGCUGAAAAGAAACAAGGAGCACUUGUGGAAACUGAUCAAUACGGACAAUGCCCACAUUUAUGUCUGCGGGGAUGCACGGAACAUGGCCCGAGAUGUACAGAACACUUUUUAUGAUAUUGUGUCAGAAAUGGGGACAAUGAGUCAUCCUCAGGCAGUGGAUUUCAUCAAGAAGCUCAUGACCAAGGGGCGCUACUCACAGGAUGUCUGGAGCUAAACUGGAGUGGGAGAAAAUUCCCUUUCCUAAAUACUUCAUGGUUUUUGUUUUUGGGGUAGAUGAUGAUUAAAAAUGUCAGUUGGUACCACAGUUGGAGAAUUUACUAUAGCAAAGCAAACCUGUUAUGGCACUGAACAGAAAUAGAACAUGAUUUUAAAUAGUUUUCAUUUAUAUCCAAUUUUAAUAAAGGGGACAUUGUAAUACUAUAUAAUAAAUAUGCCGAUUUAUGAAUAUUUGAAAUAGAUCUGGCAAAAUCUCUAGAAUUAUUUCUAUUUUUUUUUUUUUUUGGACAACUUUUAAAGCCAUCAAGCAAUAUCCACAGAGAAGCACAUCAUCUAAUAACAUACGGUGUCAUUAAUCUAAGAAGUCUGUAGCGACCGCUCCACGGUGUAAAAUAUCAGAGAGCUUUUAGUCGUGGGGCGAGUGGUUUCUUUGGAACAAAAUGCUGUGAUUCACAAGUGAAAACUACCUGUCUGUGUGCAGAUAAUGUAAAACUUUUACAAUGAUGUGAGGAGUUCAACUUUUUUCCUUUUAUUUCAAUUCAAGG